CAUUUGCAACCAAUCUGUAUUAGGCGACGUAAAGUAAAGCUCAAACUAAAACAAAAAUGGCCGAUAAUGACGAUCUUCUCGACUACGAGGAUGAGGAGCAGACUGAGACCACUGCGGUCGAGAACCAGGAGGCGCCAAAGAAAGAUGUCAAGGGCACUUACGUCUCCAUACACAGUUCUGGCUUCCGUGAUUUUCUGCUGAAACCAGAAAUUUUGCGUGCCAUUGUCGACUGUGGUUUUGAGCAUCCAUCCGAAGUUCAGCACGAGUGCAUUCCGCAGGCUGUACUCGGCAUGGAUAUUCUCUGUCAGGCCAAGUCAGGUAUGGGCAAGACGGCUGUCUUCGUGCUCGCCACGCUGCAGCAGCUCGAGCCCGCCGACAACAACACCUGUCAUGUGUUGGUCAUGUGUCACACACGCGAGCUGGCAUUCCAGAUUAGCAAGGAGUAUGAGCGUUUCUCCAAGUAUAUGCCCACAGUCAAGGUGGCUGUCUUCUUUGGCGGUUUGGCCAUACAAAAGGACGAGGAGACCCUCAAGAGCGGCACUCCUCAUAUCGUGGUCGGCACACCCGGUCGCAUUCUGGCCCUGAUACGGAACAAGAAACUGAAUCUGAAGCAUUUGAAGCAUUUUGUACUCGACGAGUGCGACAAGAUGCUGGAGCAGCUAGAUAUGCGCAGGGAUGUGCAGGAAAUUUUCCGUAGCUCACCCCACGGAAAGCAAGUGAUGAUGUUCUCUGCCACAUUGAGCAAGGACAUACGUCCCGUGUGCAAAAAGUUUAUGCAAGAUCCCAUGGAGGUGUACGUCGACGAUGAGGCCAAGCUGACUCUGCAUGGCCUGCAGCAGCACUACGUUAAUCUCAAGGAGAACGAGAAGAACAAGAAGCUGUUCGAGUUGCUCGAUGUGCUCGAGUUCAACCAGGUGGUUAUUUUUGUCAAGUCGGUACAACGUUGUGUGGCCCUGGCGAUGCUGCUGACCGAGCAGAAUUUCCCAGCCAUUGGAAUCCAUCGCGGCAUGACACAGGAGGAACGGUUGAAUCGGUAUCAGCAAUUCAAGGAUUUCCAAAAGCGCAUUUUGGUGGCCACCAAUCUGUUUGGCCGCGGCAUGGACAUUGAACGUGUGAACAUUGUGUUCAACUAUGAUAUGCCCGAGGACUCCGACACCUAUCUGCAUCGUGUUGCCCGUGCGGGUCGUUUCGGUACCAAGGGUCUGGCCAUUACCUUUGUCUCGGACGAUAACGAUGCGAAGAUACUUAACGAAGUACAGGAUCGUUUCGAUGUCAACAUUAGUGAGCUGCCGGAGGAGAUUGACCUGUCCACAUACAUUGAGGGACGCUAGAACAUUUUAAAGUGCAUGGGGAUACCACGGAUACCCAAAAUACAAAAAAAUGCACAUUGAAUAGAUACAAAUAACCCUAAAACCCCAUCUUUUAUAAAACUCUACUUUAUAACUAAAUAAAAAAAAACCUUUCAGACUUUGUUUUGACGUACACUAA